CUACUGUGUUGCAAGCUGGAACGUCACACACUAUGGCGUCUGAUUCUUAGUGGCUUUGUUGGUCCUGUAGUGUAUUAAUUAACCCGACUCUGCCCCUUUAAAUUCCUUCCUUCUUCGCUUGAUCUCAAACAUCUUCACCAUCCCUGAAAUCCCCAAUUUCCCCAAUAAUGGAUGUUCAAGGGGAUGAAGAAACAGGAAAAGGGUCAGUCCAAUCGUCUGGAAAAUUGUCCAGUCUCAGGCUCAAUUCACCCCUAAUGCAAGUUGGAUUGAUUGGGCUUGUCUGUUUCUGUUGCCCUGGCAUGUUCAAUGCUUUAUCCGGGAUGGGUGGUGGUGGCCAGGUGGAUCCCACUGCGGCGAACAACGCCAACACCGCUCUUUACACCACCUUCACCGUCUUCGGCAUUCUCGGCGGUGGCAUCUACAAUAUUUUAGGUCCACGCGCCACCCUAGUCUGCGGUUGCUCCACCUAUAUCCUCUACGCUGGGUCUUUCCUUUAUUACAACCACUACCAACACCAGGCCUUCGCCAUCACCGCCGGCGCUUUCCUAGGCAUCGGAGCCGGCCUCCUUUGGGCUGCCCAGGGCGCAAUCAUGACCUCUUACCCUCCCCAUGACCGGAAAGGCACAUAUAUCUCCGUGUUCUGGAGUAUUUUCAACAUGGGUGGAGUUAUUGGUGGGCUCAUACCUUUUAUCCUGAAUUACCACCGGAAAGAGGCCACCUCUGUAAAUGAUGGAACCUAUUUUGGGUUCAUGGCUUUUAUGACUGUGGGGACUAUCAUCUCACAGGCUAUUAUGCAUCCUAGUCGUGUUAUUCGCGACGAUGGUACUCGGUGCACCAACAUAAUGUACUCCAGUGUGUGUGUUGAAAUCGUUGAGGUUCUCAAAUUGUUCCGCAACUGGAAGAUGCGCUUGCUGGUCCCUGCGUCUUUGGCUAGUAACUUCUUUUAUAGCUACCAGUUCAAUAAUGUUAAUGCGGCUUUGUUCAAUUUGAGGACUAGAGGGUUGAACAAUGUAUUUUAUUGGGGUGCACAGAUGAUUGGCUCUGUUUUCAUCGGAUAUAUAAUGGAUUUCAGUUUUAAAAGCAGAAGGAUGAGGGGAUUUGUUGGAAUUGGAGUUGUGGGUUUGCUAGGGACUGCGAUUUGGGGUGGUGGGCUUGCCAAGCAGCUUGACUACUCUCGCCAUGAUGAGCUUAAGAUAAAGCUGGAUUUCAAGGAUGGUUCUGAUUUUGCAGGGCCUUUUGUCUUGUAUUUUAGCUAUGGAUUGCUUGAUGCCAUGUUCCAGAGCAUGAUUUACUGGGUUAUUGGAGCUUUGGCCGAUGAUUCUGAGAUCCUUAGCAGGUAUAAUGGGUUCUACAAGGGAGUGCAGAGUGCAGGGGGAGCAGUUGCUUGGCAAGUUGAUGCAAACGGGGUGCCAUUCCUAAACCAACUGAUUAUGAAUUGGGUGCUCACUACAAUAAGUUAUCCUUUGUUGGCGGUUCUCGUCUUUUUGGCCGUCAAGGAUGACAACAAAGCUGAAGAGGGGACGUCAAAGGAGCUUGCUCUUCCAUCGGCUAUCCAUGCCUCCACAGAUGAUGCCAAUGGUGGGCUUGGCCAGCCAACCUAAAGAUCAGUUCCUUUCUAUUGCCUUCUACGCCUUAUUUUCAGUAUCGUUUUGUUCUUCAUAUGUCAAUUAUAUUUUUUUGAAGCUGAAUUUUCAUUUCAGCUGUAAGUGUAGUGUGCCAGGAAUCACAGUUUAUUAAUAUAUGGUUGAAAGCCAUGCUUUGUGCAGACUUUUUCUUCUGAGAAAUCCAUUGUUUUGUCUUCACUUCAGCAAGUUUUGUUCGUGUGCUUCCAAUAUGCUUAACCAAAAUUUGAAGUAUGUGUUAUGAUGUACUGCGCUCGCUAUUGUUGAUUAUAAAGU